UUGGUGUGUGAAAAUUCUCAACUUUCUUUUAAAGCUAAUAAUGUUUGCGUAUGGCUGAAUGGUGCUGCGGAAAGUGAGCGUCCGAUUUGGACCACAUUGUGGAACAUCUCCAGAAGACGUUAUUGUACCGAUGGAGGUGCUAACAGAGUUGUAGACAGAAUAAACCUCCAAACGCCUGAUGUCGUCAUUGGGGACAUGGAUUCUAUAUUGCCUGCAGUAGAGGACAGCUUAAAGCUAACCACUUUGUUAAUCCAUGCACCAGACCAGGACAAAACAGAUCUUACUAAAUGCUUAGAGGGAUCUCGAGUCGUGCUACUUGGUGGAACUUCUGGUCGUUUCGAUCAUGCGUUAGCUGCGAUAAAUUCGAUGUAUCAUGCUACAACGUUAAUGGAUGAGGAAGGAGAACAUUGUAUCGAAAUUGAACGGCAUCUGGUUACUGGUACCUGUGGUGUAAUUCCGUUCUGUCAAAAAACGACGGCUGUAACAAUGAGUGGAUUUCGUUGGAAUCUCGGUUUGUAA